CCAAACAAGUACUGUACCGUACUGCGUCUACCAAGGAAACUUUCUGUCGGAAGCGAGCAACACUAUCAUUAUUUUUAAAUGCAUCAUCAACACCAUUUUCCAUCAUGCGACAAACACCCUCAAUGAUCGUGGUGCUACCGAGAGCAAUGCGAAUAACAUUUUUGCUACUAUUGCAACAGUUUUACGGAGCAGCUUUCCAACGCGAACCUCAUCUUCAUCUGCGAGGAGUUCAAUAUCAUUCUUCGAACUUGGGUCGUUCUUCGUGUGUUCCAUCUCUGGUCCAAAUCAACACGAGAACAUGCCCAGUGGCUAUAUCCAUGCUUCCCACUCUUCCCCCCUCAUACGAAUACGAUGAUUCAGUGUCUUUCUUUCAACGUGCUACAGGCACUAGGAUAAGGGGUCGCAAAGAACUCGAGCGUUCCGUCCAGAGAUGGGAGAAGGAUUUUAGAGAGGCGGUCGAUGACGAACUCGUCCGCACCAUACUGAACGAUGGUGGAGGCAAUGGCAUGAAACUGCAAUUGCAGCCCCGACUGGAUACCGUUUCGGCUACAACCACAUCUCCUACCACCCUGCUGGUGCGAUGGAAUCUCACAUACGUUGAUCCAUCUGUGCAAUGGAUGGUUUCCCUGGCAGAGUCCGUUCCGGGAUGGACCGUGGAUCUCUCGACCUACACUGAUAAGGUUGAGGAAGAACGGCGCUUCUCCUACUCGGCCGUUGGAAGGCUCUUUGCAAGAGCUAUUUUCACCGGAUGUUUCCGCGUCCCUAUGGCAUGCAUCGAGGGAGUCUCGACCUGUGAGUUUGUGCAAACCGAGAGCGGGGACACCAGCAGCAAACGGAGAAAGAUCCGAUCAAUUGUUGAGGAUCUGGCCUAUGCACAAGACCUUAAUCGUGGUGUCAUGGCGAAUCGAUUGUGCGCAAGGGAUUUGCAAUUCUUUCUGGAAACCGUCCGCAAACCGCCCGAAUACUACAACGAGUUGAACAGUGCCGAGGCGAAACGAAGCGGGGGCAGCGGCACAAACGGGGUCAAACAAGAUGACGAGUAUUGGGAAGAUCGUUUGGCCUCCCUAUUGCCCUGGAGGUCGGUCCCCGGAAUGAUGGAUCCACUUUAUAUCGAAGCUCAAGCAGAAGAGGAUAUAGCGGUGAAUCUACCUGUAUUGUUUGGUGUCUUUUCGAUUGCGGUGGUCGUGCUCUUUGCAAGCUGGAUUGCUCCCAAUCUGAUUGGGCAAUCGUUGUUUGGUCAGCCGUCGUACAUAGUGCCUCCAUCGGAACUAAACGAGAUUAUCGCCUUCUGAUAGCGCAUCGAAAGGAGCUAAGGAAGAGUCGAAGGAACCUAGAAACACUCGAUUGAAACAAACCGGUGUUUUUUCGAACAAAAAGUUUCUUUGCGGGAAUUCAAAGCAAUGAUUUAUUUCGUUACCUAAAGAAGGAAAGAGGAUAUGACCGUAUUUCUAAGUGACAUACUUACCCGAGAAGGAAUGAAAAUAUCCUUGAAUCCACUCAAUCAAAACAAAGACGACAG